AUGUCAACACCGGAGUGGAAGUACUAUCCCAUCGGUGGAAUUCCGGUGAAUUCCGAGGACCCAUCCCAGUUGGGUCCUGAGGUCGAAGUUCCUAUCCGCCAGGAAAUCGACUCAUGGAGCAAUAACCCCGCCAACGAAAAACAAGUCAAGCUAUUUGUGAUGGCUUUGUCUCGCUUUCAAAAGAUCGAUCCUCACGACCGGGACUCGUAUUUCCAAAUUGCUGGAAUUCACGGGCAGCCUAAUGUGCCGUGGGAUGAGCCUGUUGACUCCAAAGACGCGGAAGGGAGAGGCUACUGUACUCACAACAACAUCUUGUUUCCAAUCUGGCAUCGUGCUUAUCUAGCACUGUAUGAGCAACGUCUCUACGAAAUCAUGAGUCAGGAGAUUGUGCCAAAUUUUGCUGAGGACCAACGUCCCCAGUGGAAGGAAGCAGCCGACCAAUGGCGUCUGCCUUUCUGGGAUUGGGGUGUGUCCACUUCAGUCCCUGAUCUGUGCAAGUACCCUUAUACUCUUGUUCCCACCUCAGAUGGUACCGGCGAAGAGAACAUCAGCAACCCCCUAUUCCAAUUCCGCAUGCCGAACAAUCAACCCAUGUCCACUGCUGGCAUGGAUAACUUCAAAGAUCCGUGGGUCAAGGAUGGAGACAUGCUAUAUUUCGGUGAAUGUAUCGGAACAACCCGUUGGCCGGAUGUGGGCGAAAAUGCCUCCGGUACUCAUACAUGGAAGUACGGUGUAGUGAACAACUACAAGGUGCAGGAAGCACUGAAGAAGCCGGCCUGGUUGGACGACACUCCUUACGGUCAGCCUGCAGAAAUGGUAUACCGUCUGCUCACAGUUCCCAUGGAGUAUCCUACGUUUGCAACCACAGCCCAAUUGUCGGACAAUCAGGAAGUUCAAAAUGACAUCAAUCUCGAGUAUAUCCACAACAACAUUCACGGUUGGGUUGGUGGUGAUCUUAACGGACACAUGUCCCAGAUUCCAGUGGCUACAUUCGAUCCUAUAUUUUGGCUCCAUCAUUGUAAUAUCGAUCGCAUCUUUGCCCUGUGGCAAGCCCUCAACCCUGAUAAGUGGUUUGAGAAAUCGAAAGUCAACGCAUUCUUCCAAGAAACAAUUGGCCUUCCUGAUGGCACGGAGAUUACCCCCAAUACAGAGCUGCGCCCAUUCCACAAAGAUAUCGCUGGAACUCUUUUGAAGCCAAAAGAUGUUCGCUGGCCUUACAAACUUGGCUAUACAUACCCAGAGUUGCAGACCUGGAACUACAAGCCUGAAGGCUACGCCUCCGAGACCUUCAUCUCAACCCUACGAAAAACCAUCAACGAGCUUUACGGUGUAUCGAGAAAGCAGCUGAUCGAUGCCACAAGUAACAUCAAAGGAGUGGAUUAUUUGGCGGAUGGUUCCAAGUCCCUCGACUAUUCGUUCAGCGUUCGCUAUCGCAAAUAUGCUCUUGAUGGUGGUGAGCCCUUCUGGAUUCGCAUCUACAUCUCGCAGGAUGGAAAAACACACAACGCAACUUUAGAUCUUGUGACUGAGAUAUACAACUUCAGUCAAAAGCCAGAGGACAAAUCAGGAAAGCUCGCAUGUGGAAACUGCAAGGACAACAAGAGCAAGAACAUCAAGUCUACUGCCAGUAUCUCUCUCACUCCAAUCUUGAUCACUCUUCUCAAGUCAGGCAAGGACUUGGCUAGUCUUGCUAGAGAUGACGUUCUGAAGUUCAUCCAGGACAGGGCUUACUGGAGGGUAUUUAAGGGAGGCAAGGAACUGCCUUCGUACCAGGUGGAGGCCCUCGAUCUAGAAAUCAUUGGAAGCACCAACGACUCAACUGUCUACAAUGACCCCACCAAGCCUCCGAAGCUGGAGAAUUUCAAGGAAGAGCCUACUAUAUCCGGAGGACCAGGCGGCGCUCUGAACCCAAGCCUCAAACAGCCCGUGGCAGUUGCACCUCCGGUGGUAGCAUUGAUUCCCAAGGCCAGUCUAAAGGUCAACUCCUUCUUGCCUUUCAAGCAGGCCCUGAAGGCCGACAGUGUGGUGAUCAUCGACUCAUCCAGCUUGAACCUGACCCCUGCCAAGACCUCAGGCAUCGACAACACCCAGAUAUAUCUUAAUGAGGGCAAAAACGGAGAUGGCGACAUCUUGUUAUUGCUCUCUAUCAGAAGGGCCGAGAACCAAAUUGUCUUCAACUCCAAAAUUGAUAAUACUUGGGGGAAAGAAAUCCGUAUCUCGCUGGAGAGGAGGUUCAAGGGUACAACACCUUCUAUCCUCAUUCAUGACCAGGAUGAUGGUUAUGAAGUAUUCAUCGAUUGGAAGCACGCCCUGUUCUUCCAGAAGCGGGCUCCAGGCAAGGUGGCCCAGUCGGUGUCGUACACUGUGAAUGAUGGGCAGACACCUGUGUGGUCAUCCAAUCUGAAGGUGAAGGUUUACGCUUCGAUGAAACAAGUGUUCCAUCAUUAG